AUGGAUUUGUCAUUCCCUAACGAUUUUGAUGAUAGAACCGAGAUCAAUAAAGUUGAAACUGCAUCAGUUGAUGAUGAAUUCUUGUCAAGUGAGGAUGAAUUUUGUUCAACUUAUGAUGAUAAUCCCUCUUUUGAAAAAUUUGACAUGAUGCAUCACCACAAUGAAGGGGAGUUCACAUUUCCUAAAAAUAUUUAUGAAACAAUUCAACUUACUGAGUUCACAGACAUUGAACCAUGUAAAGAUAGAAAAGGUGAUUGUAUUGCUCAACAAUUUGUAAUAGCCGACAUGUACGGAAAAUAUGCAUGUGUAGCAGGUUUUUAUGUUAGAAAGUCAACAAACAAGAGGAAUUGUGCAAUUGGGUACAUGAAAUAUCUUCUAUGUAACAGGGAAGGUUUCCCAAAUACAUCUCCUAUUGAUAUUUUUGAUCCAAAAACAAAAAAAAACAAUCAUCCACUUAUAUCAAGAGACAACAUGUUGUUUUCACGUCAUCAUAGGCAGUUGGAUGACACUCAAAAAUCUUUCAUUCUUACAAUGUCUAAUCAAAAUAUUGGUGCAACCAUAGCUUACAGUGAUGCUCAGAUGCUAGUUGACAAGCUGAAUAACAGAAAAAAGAAUGUUAAGAAUUUUUCUUUUGAGUAUCGAGUUGAGAAUAAAAAGUUGAAUACUCUUUUCUGGGCAAAUGAAACAUCCAAGAUUAGUUAUAAAGAGUUUGGUGAUGUAGUUUCUUUCGAUGCUACUUUUCGAACUAAUAGGUACCAUAUGAUUUUUGUUCCUUUUACUGGAAUUGAUAAUCACAAGAGAUGUCAAACAACCACUGUUGGUUUAUUCGACCAAGAUCCUGCAAUGAAGAAAGCCAUUGAAGCUAUUUUCCCACGAUCAAUUCAUAGGUUUUGCAUGUGGCAUAUCACAUCUAAAUUGCCAUUGAAGGUUUCUUUGAACAUUGUCAACAAUCUAGAAUUUUGUAAAAAUUUAAACUUCUUGAUAUGGAAUUCGAGGCUUGAAGUUGAUGAAUUUGAGGUAGGGUGGAAGUCCUUACUGAAUGAAUACAAGCUCACAGAUAAUAAAUGGUUGGAUGAUAUUCAUGGCCUGAGACAUUUCUGGAUACCUACAUUCUUCAAGCAUGUACCUUUAUCAGGAUUAAUGACAACGACAUCUCGUUCUAAAAGUGAGAAUUCUGCAUUUCACCAAAACUCUCAUUAUGGUUUUACUGUUCUCCAUUUUAUGAUUUCUUUUGAAGCUGCUAUGGAGAAGUAG